AUGUCGCUGCUGCGGUCAUUGGCCAAGGAGUUUGUGACGGCGCCCUUCAAGCACGUCGUGACCCAACCACCACACCACCCUGCCUUGGCCCCCUGGACCAUGGAACUCCGGCGCCCGCCGCAGAUGCGUGUGCAACCCCGGCACCUGGCAGAAGUCGCGCACGAGUCGCUCUUCCAAAUUCCGGAGGCUGUCGAAGAAAAGAUUCCCGCCUUUGCGUCGACUCUCUUCAUCGCCACGGCCAUCGCACUUAACGUCGUUGCGGUCAUGGCCGUCACGACCGUCCCGGCCGGAGAGGCGGAGCCAAGUCCGAGAGAUCUACAGGAGCCCUCGAAGGAAGAGUGGGGGCAGACCCGUGGCGGGAAAUUCUCCGAUCUUCCCUUGACGCUAUGGAACCAAUGA